AUUGGUCACGGGGGACGAGCCGAGCCAAGUCUCUGCAAUAAUAGUUAGUGCCAGUUGUGCGUUAACUCGGUGCCUUUGCCAGUGACCUUGGGGCGGCUGAAAUUCCAGCCGCGGCCGCCAUCCAGACCCAUUCAGCAGCGAGAUGCAGAGGGUGUGUGUCCCCGCUGGCCGAGCCCUGCGGCUCCUGCUCCCCCGGCUCCAGCAGCGCGUCCCCGCCGCCAGGAUCGUCUCCAAACCCGGCAAAGAGGAGCUGACAGCGAUGGAGCAGGUGACCGGACUUGCGGUGCUGACCGCCUGCAUGCUGAUUCCCUCGGGCUGGGUUCUCGCUCACCUGGAGCCCCACCGGCGCAGGAUGAAGGGUCCGUGAAGAGGCGGCCGGAGCCGCACCGGGAGUCGCCCCAAUAAAACCCUCCGAAUCGCAA